GUUCGGGCUACUGUCCACUCGAUAUUAUCACAAGUUCUAGCCAAACUGGCUGUGCCACGGCGCUCUCUCUUCAUUCAUCAUGUUCUGCAUAACGGAGUCCAGGUCUACGCCGGAGCGCUCGCUGUCAAGACUAACUGGUACAUGAUCACGUUCUCUGUCUCAAACCAUCGAACCAACACAAUAAUCCCAAACUUUGUUCAAACCCGGACCGUAUAGACAUCACAAGAAAUCAUUGUUCCAAAGUACCAGGGUUUGGUCCACGACGCAAUUAUCGGCCCCAGCACCCCGGGAUGGUAUCUAUAUAAGGGCUUUAUAACGAUAAUCCUUCAAGUCGAGCUUGAUUUCCAAGAAGUCGUCACCAAUGAGCGGGGAAGCAGAGCUUAGAGUGACUUUCUUCCCUCCACUCUAUCUUCAGAGAAGAAUAUGGGUGCUAGACGUCCUUCGCCGCGAGCAGGUCACCGAGAUCAUAGACAUCGGAUGCGGGGAGGGUCAGCUUCUUGCAGUUCUCUGCCAACCUGCACUUUGUCUUCCCCUCCUGACCCUGGCUACAACCACAACCCAAGCGGAUGAUCUCGAUCUCCACCCGAGGCGCGUCACCGGCCUCGAUAUCUCAUCUCACGCACUUGCAUCCGCGAUCGAAGAUACCUCCCCCGCUGCCGCAAACGCAUCAUACACACGAUGGGAACCACUCGAAGUCAACAUCUGGCAUGGCGGACUCGAGAUCUUCAACCCAGUCUUUGUCAAUGCAGAAUGCAUCGUUGCAACAGAGGUCGUCGAACACCUUCCAGAAGAAAUUCUCGCCGAUUUCACGCCCAUGAUCUUGGGUGUGUAUCACCCUCGCUUGCUUCUCGUGACAACCCCAUCGUACGGGUUCAACGCGCGUUUCAGCCCUCCUGGCUUGACGAAUACCGCCACUGGCUUCCCCGAUCCUACGAAACGCACAGAUAGGGUGUUCAGGCACCACGAUCACAAAUUCGAAUGGACAGUCGAGGAGUUCCAGGUGUGGUGCAGUGGCAUUGCGCAGGAAUGGGGAUACGAUGUGGAUACGACGACUAUUGGUCGUGCACAGGAGAAAGAUAAGUGGGGCCGGGAUGAACAGCUAGGAGGUGCGAGCCAGGUGGCUGUCUUCAAGCGCCUCGAAGGUGAGACUUGGGCUGCGACACGUGAGGAGAAGAGCACCCAGAUGAAAGAAAAGUCAAAAAGCCAAAAGGACCAUCGUCUACUGGAAACACACCACUACGACGCGCAUGUCCGUGCGGGAAAACGAGGGUCGGCCGAGGAGAUUGCAAAGGCUGUACUGGACAAGUUUGAAGAAUGGGAAGAAGCUGAGCUGCGAUUGGAAGAAAUCUGGUUUGUAGAGGAGAUCGGGGCGAUGUGUGGUGGGUGGUUCGAAGUUCUGAUCGAGGCUAUCGAGGGAAGUGCGAAGUUUAAUCUUCAAAGAAGCAAGGACCAGAGAAGGGGUGAUUGGCGGGUGCUGCUAGAUGGAGGCAGACCUGGGAAGAAGAAGAGGACAUCAGAGUGGGCUCUAGAAGAACCGACGGAUGAUUUAUUUGACGAAGUCGUGCAGGAAGGAUAUCGUUCUGAUGACGACCCGGGGUUCGACUGGGGAAGUGGUCUGUACUCUUCAGACUCUGGCGUUGAUCUUUUGUGGGACAUUAGCAAAGAAGGUAAUGCAUGGGCGAGGCAGUCUGCUUGGACGUGCGAGUCUUCGGAAGAGGACGUAGUUGACUGGAGCAGGUGGAGCACCUUAUCUGCAGCUUGGGACCUUGACAGACCAGAAUGAGUCCCGAAUACAAGACUUAGUAUAAUUCAUUGCUAAUAGACAUAGAUUGAUUUGACUAUAGAUUGUGGGGCUAAGCUCUGAAA